GGUCCGGUUAUAAUCAUUAAGGGUUUGCCCUAACUUUGGCCCUCAAACCACAGACCUCAGUCACUGUCUUUCUCUUUGGCUGACUGCACGUCAAGCUUCUGUGUUGGCGAGGCAAGGCGGUCACCAUGGUGAACGUUCCGAAAACGAAGAAGUCCUUCUGUCCUGGGAAGUCGUGCAAGAAGCACACCCUCCACAAGGUCACUCAGUACAAGAAGGGAAAGGAUAGUCUGUACGCACAAGGUAAGAGGCGUUAUGACAGGAAGCAAUCUGGGUAUGGAGGUCAGACGAAGCCAGUCUUUCACAAGAAGGCUAAGACUACCAAGAAGAUUGUGCUGAGGUUGCAGUGUCAGGCUUGCAAGCACGUGACACAACAUCCCAUUAAGCGAUGCAAGCACUUCGAGAUUGGUGGAGACAAGAAGGGGAAAGGAACACAACUCUUUUAGAUAUAAUGCUUUACUUUGUAUUCCGAGAAAUUAUGAAGCAGGAACAUACUUUUCAGUAGUUGCAAAUUAUGUUUUCAGAUUGUGUUUGAAGCACGUGUGUAUCAUUUUCUGGUGUGAGAAGGAUGGAAAUUUUUUAUGCGUUCUUUGAUUUGAUUUGCAUCGAAUGGGUAACCUUCAGUAUCAAAUCCAAGAGCUUACGGGACUCUCGUUCUUUUUGAAACAACGUAGAGUUCUUUGCUAGCCUAGAAAGGAGACAUUGACGAACCCCAAGCCUUAUUGAGCCGUACGAAAUGAGUAAGUUCUGGAACACUGGACAAAGAUGCCACUG